AUGGGUAAGGUGCAUGGUUCUCUAGCUCGUGCUGGUAAGGUGCGAGGCCAAACUCCCAAAGUUGCAAAGCAGGACAAGAAAAAGAAGCCCCGUGGCCGUGCCCACAAGAGGAUGCAAUACAAUCGCCGUUUCGUCACAGCAGCAUGUCUUUCAGGGCAUGUCAAGCAGCAGGAUUGCUGCGAUAAAGAUCUUGAGAUCUGUAAGCCUCAGAGAUGUCUUGAUCCAUUGUGA